AUGUUCAUGGACCGAAGAACAUGUCAGGUGAGCCAUGGAGGAGAGAACAGGACCAAACCAGGGCCCAGGAAAUACGGCUGUCAGCUCACACUGGAUCCAAACACAGCGCACAGAGCGCUGUCUCUGUCUGAGGGGAACAGGAGGGUGACAUGCACACCAGGGAGAGAGCAGCCAUAUCCUGAUCAUCCAGAGAGAUUUGAGUACUAUCCCCAGGUUGUGUGCAGAGAGAGUGUGUGUGAGCGCUGUUACUGGGAGGCUGAGUGCAGUGUGCCUGAGGGGGAGGGAGGGGUUUGUAUAGCAGUGACAGAUAAAGAAAUCAGCAGGAAAGGACUGGAUUAUGACUGUGUGUUUGGAGAGAAUAAAAACUCCUGGAGACUGAGCUGCCAAAAACGCAGUGACUCUGAUAAAUUCAGUUACUCUGAUAAACUCAGAUACUCUGUCUGUCACAAUAAGAACCGAACACACAUACCUGCCCCCCCCUCCCCCUACCGCAGAGCAGGAGUGUGUGAUGAUGAUGAUGGUAGAGGAGUGUGUGUGUACAGGGUAGGAGUGUGUGUGGACCGUCCGGCUGGCACUCUGUCCUUCUACAGCGUCUCUGAGUCUGACACACUGACCCUCCUGCACAGAUUCCACACACACUUCACUCAACACACAACCCACUGUGCUGGAUUUGCAGUGUGGGACUCCUCCUCCUCAGUGUCCCUCUGCCAACUGGAGUAGAGAAACACACACACUCAUGCGCGCACACACUCAUAUACACAUACACACACACAUACACACUCCACACUCAUAUCCACU